AUGUUUGGUCACCUGAUAGAUAAGCGUAUCGACUGUGUAGACACAUUGUCACACGCUUAUCCACACGUAUACACACUUACACACAUAAACACACCCACACGCAUAAACACACACCCGGUAAUAGACAGGGCAGGUAUCGUCGAUGAAGUAGAACACACAUACCCUUACGGAACACCUGGAAUAGAACACACGUACCCUUACGGAACACCUGGAAUAGAACACACGUACCCUUACGGAACACCUGGAGUAGAACACACGUACCCUUACGGAACACCUGGAGUAGAACAUACGUACCCUUACGGAACCCCUGCAGUAGAACACACGUACCCUUAUGGAACACCUGGAAUAGAACACACGUACCCUUACGGAACACCUGGAGUAGAACACACGUACCCUUAUGGAACACCUGGAGUAAAACACACGUACCCUUACGGAACCCCUGCAGUAGAACACACGUACCCUUACGGAACCCCUGCAGUAGAACACACGUACCCUUAUGGAACACCUGGAGUAGAACACACGUACCCUUACGGAACACGUGGAGUAGAACACACGUACCCUUACGGAACCCCUGCAGUAGAACACACGUACCCUUACGGAACACGUGGAGUAGAACACACGUACCCUUACAGAAUACCUGGAGUAGAACACACGUACCCUUACGGAACACCUGGAAUAGAACACACGUACCCUUACGGAACACCUGGAAUAGAACACACGUACCCUUACGGAACACCUGGAAUAGAACACAUGUACCCUUAUGGAACACCUAGAAUAUAA